UAAUUCUAAAAAUGAAAUAGCCGAAAGCGCCCAGAUCAGAGUUCACUGUUCCAUAAAACCCCCUGACGGACCACUCAUGAACAGCCUUAUUUUCUACAGCAGUAACAUUGUUAUAUCAGGCUGGUAAUCCACUAGUCAGCUUGGAGAUAUGAGGGAAAUCCACCACAGUAGAAUGCAGGGCCCGGCCCAGCCCACCAACUGCUGAGGGAGGGGGAACAGAACAACAGAGCAGCCAGAACAGGGAUAAAACACCUCCUUUCAGUCCAACAGCAGGACAUCCAGUACAGCCCUCAUACAGCCCAGCAGCCUGGUUUGGCCUCCUGAGAGUUUAACAGAUCUGCUGUGAACUAGUCUGAAGAGAGUGAGUGCUGUGUGGACUGAGUAAAGAAUCCUGCCUGGUCAGGAAGGUGCGGACCAAGGAACACUAGCUGAAGACCGCAGGGCCUUAAACUGACAGGUCAAUGAGCCUCCAGAAGGUCCCUAACAGGAUGAGGUUAGGCCUCCUCCACACGCCCGGGGAGGGAUUACCACCAGCAAGCAGAAGGUAAACAGAUUACUCCCUAAAGGGAACCUGCUUCUUGAAUCUGGCCACCACUGUCACUCGUACCCUGUCAGAGGAGUAACUCAGAGUUCCUACUGAGGCCACACACCUCUUUCAGAACAGGUCUGCAGGGAUCACUGACUGACACGGAGAUCAUACAUAACCCAGGAUUAUCAUUUCAUCUGCUACAUCGGGAGCUGGGAAAACAGAGCACAAACCCUCUUGGCUCGGCGAAACCCAGACACUGACACCAUCGAUAAUACAUGUUUUCUCUCAUGGACUGGAGGGCUACAGAUUGAGGGACUGUCCAAGGGUUUCCAAAUGAAAACGCUUUGGUUCUGAAAGGACCUGAACUAGUCCAUCAUGCGUUUGACAAUGGGACUGUUCCUCACCCUGUUUCUGUUUGCCCUUGCAGCCCCUCGAAUCAAAGACUUACGCGCCCAAGAUCUGUCUGGAGUUCGAGAUGUUAAAUACCGACACUUCCUGGAGGGUGAAAGACGGGUCAAACACACCACCAUUGUCAAAACGAUUCAGGGCCUGGACAAACAUCGGACAAAGAGGUCCACGUUCUUCACCACCGGGGUAAAGAUAUGUCCUCAGGAGAACAUGAAGGAGGUCCUCUCCAUCCAUCGGGCCUACUAUAAACUCAGGGUUUGUCAGGAAGCGAUAUGGGAGGCCUUCCGUAUCUUCUUGGACAGGGUUCCUAACUCAGAGGAGUACAAGCAUUGGACUCAUGCCUGCCAGCAUAGCUCUCUCUGCCUGGACGAGGUGGCGAGGAACUUCAGCAGAACCCAGGAGCACAUUGACAUGGUGGCUAAAAGAGUUGCUGAACAGGAGAAGAUUCAGCAAGAAAGCACUGAAGUACCAACAGCAGGAGUAACUGGGACUGAGAAAUGUGAGAAAACUCCAUCAGAACUGUUCACUAAUCCAGCUGAACCAGAAGACAUCACAGAGAUUCCAAGCAUUGUACUUGAGGAGGCAAUCCUGAAGGAGCACAUAGUGGAGUUCAGUGUCACUAUAGUAGAACCUGGGUACGGUGAACUUCUGAGUGACCCAGCAGGUCCCCAGUACCAUGACAUCACAAGCAAUCUCCACAAUACGAUGGUUCACGUUUUUGAAAAACUUCCCGGUUUCAAAGAUCUUCGUAUUAUGGGUUUUCGGUUGGUUCAGCUCCGAUCCGAUGAUGUUUCAGUGCGCUACGCUGUGGUGUUUGAAACAAAGGCAGAAGACCAUGAAGAGGAAUCUUCAGCCACUCUAGAACCGGGCACAGUUGUUCACACAGAUGGACAAAGACUGAAAGAAAUGGUUUCCAAGGCCUUGAGCGAGGAGACAUCCCUGCCUGUGGACAUACAUACACUCAGUUUUGAACCUGAUCCCACAAUUUCUCUUCGGGAGGAAUUGGAGGCGACAACCUUGGAGACCUUGCUAGAGGAAGACAUCGGGCACAGUCAAGAUUUCAUCCCUAGUGUUGCUGUUAAAGAUGUUGAAGAUAUCACAGAAACUCCAGAGGAAAUAGCUGUCAUGUCUUCAAGUCACACAGUUAAUGUCCCUCUGUCUGGGGCUGAAAUUGCUCCGGAAAUGCCACAAGAGGAAGUUACUGCGAGUUUCUCUUCAGCAGAAGAAGAGGAGGUGAUUCUGGAUGUUACAGAGCAGACAACUGAAGAAAACAUGUCCGCAGUGGAAUUUACAAUGGAAACAAUGAAGGUUGAGGAGCCUGCGGUGGAGGCCACUGACACAGAGGGACCUGUGGAUGCUGGAGACCAUACAUUGGCUGCCCACACAGAACAGCCUGCCACUGAAGAUACACUUGAUGGUACAGAAACUGUGGAUACAACUGAUGAUUACAUCUGGGUAUGGCCACCAGUAACAAGAACAGCCGUUACAGAACAGCCUGCCACUGAAGAUACACUUGAUGGUACAGAGACUGUGGAUACAACUGAUGAUUCCAUUUGGGUGUGGCCACCAGUAACAAGAACAGCCGUUACGGAACAGCCUGCCACUGAAGAUACACUUGAUGGUACAGAGACUGUGGAUACAACUGAUGAUUCCAUUUGGGUGUGGCCACCAGUAACAAGAACAGCCGUUACGGAACAGCCUGCCACUGAAGAUACACUUGAUGGUACAGAAACUGUGGAUACAACUGAUGAUUACAUUUGGGUGUGGCCACCGGAAACAAGAACAGCCGUUACGGAACAGCCUGCCACUGAACUGUUUACUUUCUUUCCUCCUGAGGAAGACAAUGUGGAGGAGAGCUUGCCAACUGUUGAACCUGAAGAAGAUGAAGGAUCAACUACUGAGGCGGCUUUAGAGGAGGAACCAGACGGAGACAGUAGCAUUUUCGUCACUACAACACCUCUAGAUGUAGAACCUGCGCACGUGGAAACGUUCACCACCGCUACACAGUCACCAGAAAUGCCUUCCUCUAAGCAUGACAUUAUCCAAUCAGAGUCCAAGGAUGUCCUCUCGGCAACCAUUCUCCCUGUAGCCCCUGAAGAAGACAUGUCCCCUGGACCUUCAGAAAGAGGGGACAUGCCCUCUGGACCUUCAGGAGGGGACACGCCCCCUGGACCUUCAGGAGGGGACACGCCCCCUGGACCUUCAGGACGGGUCACGCCCCCUGGACCUUCAGACGGAGGGGACACGCCCCCUGGACCUUCAGGACGGGACACGCCCCCUGGACCUUCAGGACGGGUCACGCCCCCUGGACCUUCAGGACGGGACACGCCCCCUGGACCUUCAGGACGGGACACGCCCCCUGGACCUUCAGACGGAGGGGACAUGCCCCCUGGACCUUCAGGACGGGACACGCCCCCUGGACCUUCAGACGGAGGGGACAUGCCCCGAGAAGAGGAAUCACUCGGGACAGACUUUGAUAUCUCGGAUGAUGACGACAUGCAGGAGGACGUAGAACGGGUGGAUGAGGAUGGUACGGAAGCUGCUGAUCAGCUGGAUGAGUCCGGCAGUGGAUUCGAAGGUCCAUCUGAGUCCACCGCCCCCUCGCCACUCAGACACAUGAACACUCCUUUAAUGGCCACUGCUGAAAGGGCCAAAGAGAUGGUGGUGUUCUUUAGUUUACGAGUCACUAACAUGAUGUUUUCAGAAGACCUGUUCAACAAAAGCUCUGCUGAGUACAGGUCAUUGGAGAACACCUUUCUUGAGCUGAAUCAGUUCUCUGAGCCCAGAGACUCGUCAAAUCCAGGAGCCAGUAGAUCUAAGACUGGGAGACAGAGGACUUUAGCUUCAAUACCGCUUCUCCCAUAUCUGCAAUCUAAUUUGACAGGAUUCAAGCAAUUAGAAAUCCUGAACUUCAGGAAUGGUAGUGUUGUGGUGAACAGCAAGAUGAAGUUAGACAAGGACGUGCCCCAGAACUGACCCACGCCGUCCACUGUGGUGCUU